AUGCCCGCCAAGGUCGACGACAUCCUCGAGGACAUCAAGUCCCUCACCCUCGUCGAGGCGUCGGAGCUCGUCUCCAAGAUCGAGGAGACGUUCGGCGUCGACGCGUCCGCCGCGCCCAUGGCGGGCAUGAUGAUGGCGGCGCCCGGCGCGGCGGGCGGCGGCGCCGAGGCGGCCGAGGAGAAGGACGAGUUCGACGUCAUGCUCACGGAGGUGCCCGCGGACAAGAAGAUCGCGGUGCUCAAGAUCGUCCGCACGAUCACGGGCCUCGGCCUCAAGGAGGCCAAGACCAUGGUCGAGUCCGCGCCCAUCGCCCUCAAGGAGGGCGCGUCCAAGGACGAGGCCGAGGACAUCAAGAAGCAGAUCGAGGAGGGCGGCGCCAAGGUCGAGCUCAAGUAA